AUGCUAGAAGAAGCGUCGGUAACGACAAGUUACAUGGUAUUACUGAAACUCAAAUCGUUGAUAAAUCCGGAUUUCAAUGUACAGUUAAAGGCAUACGUGUUACCAAAAAUCACAACGAAUCUCCCUGCACGCAAGGUGGACGCGUCGGAAUGGCCACAUUUAGAGAAUUUGGUUCUGGCUGACCCCGGUUACGGCACACCAAGUAAAGUUGAUAUUUUAUUGGGAGCAGCGGUAUAUGCCCAGAUACUGCAGGAGGGUGUAAAGAAGGGUCCUAUUGGAACUCCAAUAGCACAGUGUACUAGUUUAGGAUGGAUUUUGUCUGGAGGCUCAGCAGAUCAUAACGAAAGGAAAAUUGUAUUACAUGCACAAGUGGAUACGGACAACGAAAUAAUAAAACAGUUUUGGGAGAUGGAAUCAGAACCUUUAUUAACCUCAAAAAAGAUGUUGACGACCGAAGAGCAGCGAUGUGAAGACAUCUUUUCAGCAACGACUACACGGGACAACCUUGGCAGAUAUGUGGUUAAAUUACCAUUUCGUGAUGAGAAUCCAGCCUGUAAAGAAGGAAAUUCAAGAGAAAUUGCUAUUAAGAGGUUAAAGUCACUGGAAAGGAAAUUUGCUAAAGACAAUAAUUUAAAAGAGAAGUAUACAGCAGUUGUGAAAGAAUACUUACAGUUGGACCACAUGAUGUUAGUUCCUGCGGCUAGAGAAAGUGAAAAACAGUGCGUGUAUUUACCCCACCACGCUGUCAUCAGGGAGGACAAGUCAACUAGCAAGGUCCGGGUGGUCUUCGACGCGUCCUGCAAAAAUGAGAAAGGUAUAUCCUUAAACGAUAGUUUAAUGAUUGGACCUACGCUACAGCCGGAGUUGCGUCAUCUCAUUAUGCAAUGGAGAAUACAUCCCGUAUGUCUGAUUGCAGACAUCGUGAAGAUGUAUCGCAUGGUAAGAGUGACUGAUCAGGACGCUGACUAUCAACGCAUUGUAUGGAGAGAUAAUCAAACCGAAGAAAUACAAGAUUAUAAGUUGCUAACAGUUACGUUUGGAACAGCGUCAGCACCAUAUCUUGCCGUUAAAGCACUUAAUCAGGUCGCCAUUGACCAUGCGAGCGAGCAUCCAAUGGCAGCAAAGAGAGUUGCUGAUAGUUUUUAUAUGGAUGACUUAAUGACAGGAUGUGAAACCAUAGAAGAGGGUAUAGAACUUUAUAAAGAAAUGAAGGCUCUACUUAAGAAAGGAGGUUUUAUUUUGCAAAAGUGGGCAAGUAAUAAGGAAGAUGUACAGAGAACUAUAGAUUUAUAUGAGAAGGGAGAAAGAGUGCUGGAAAGGGAAGAAAAGAAUCUGGAAUUAAAACAAGGUAAUAUAGUAAAGAUUUUAGGACUUACCUGGAAUAAAACGAAGGAUGAGUUUCAGUACUCAGUCACGCUGCCUCCUGUAUCUGCUCCUGUAACAAAAAGGAAGAUUGUAUCAGACGUCGCACGACUUUUCGAUCCUUUGGGUUGGAUCGCCCCAUGUGUUAUAAAAGCAAAAAUAUUUAUACAGCGGUUAUGGUUAGCUGGUACAGGAUGGGACGAAGAACCAACAAGAGAAAUAUUACAUGAUUGGUAUACUUACCGGGAGGAAUUGAGUCAACUGUCCGGCUUUAUCAUUCCGCGAUGGCUUAACACGCAAGCAGAUGAUGCCCGAGUGGAGUUGCAUGGGUUUUCAGAUGCUUCUAAACUCGCAUUUGCUGCUGCAGUGUAUCUUCGAGUUAUCAGUGGAUCGGGGGAUAUUAAAGUUCAGCUGGUUGCAGCCAAAACCCGAGUUGCUCCAGUAAAACAAGUCAGCAUACCGCGCUUAAAACUAUGCGGUGCCGUUCUGCUAACUAAACUGUUAAUGGAGGUCUCAAAGGUGUUAAAUGUUUCGAAGUGCAACCUGAGAGCCUGGACGGAUUCCACCGUCGUUCUUGCAUGGCUAAAUAAGCACCCCAGCCACUGGAAGACAUUCGUGGCCAACAGAGUUUCCGAAAUUCUGUGUCUGCUUGAGCCCUCUCAGUGGUCUCAUGUUGCGACGAAGGAGAAUCCAGCGGAUUGUGCAUCUCGUGGAAUUCGUCCAGCAGAACUAAUCGAUAGGUACCUAGAAUACCAUGUGAAAAAGCUCCGGUAG